GUCCGGGUGGUGCCGCGCGGCGGGGUCGGGGGUCGGGUCCCCCCGGCCCGCACCUCCGACGGCCGACCCCCGACGCCAGCUCCGGCACCAUGAGCCAGUCCAGCGGACGAUAGCGGCACUCCAAGCCCUCUCCCCGGCCGGCCGUGGUCAUCGACGCCCGUGCCCCCUCCCCGGGCCCGCCAUGGGUGGGGAUCGGCCCCCGCCAAGGGGGACGGCCCCCGAGCAGCUGGCCAGCCUGCUCCGACAGCGGCGCGGUCAGCAGCAGGAGCAGCAGCAGCAGCAGGAGCAGCAGCAGCAGCAGCAGCAGCAGGCGGGCCGGGGCGUCCUGGUCAUCGACAGCCGCUCCUUCGUGGAGUUCAACGCCUGCCACGUGCUCGGGGCCGUCAACGUCUGCGCCUCCAAGCUCGUCAAGCGCCGCCUGCAGCAGGACAAAGUGUCCGUGGCCGAGCUCAUCCAGGCUGCCUCCAGGGUCGAGGUGGAGGCGGAGGGUGGUCAGGACGUAGUGGUGUAUGACCAGAGCACCCGGGACGCAGCCGCGCUGGCCGCAGACAGCUUCCUGUCCGUCCUGCUCAGCAAACUGGACCGGCGCUACCCCAGAGUCUCCAUCCUCACAGGCGGCUUCGCCACGUUCUCCUCCUGCUUCCCGAGCCUGUGUGAGGGGCGCCCGGCCGCCCUGCUGCCCACUAGCAUCUCCCAGCCCUGCCUGCCCGUCGCCAACCUGGGGCCCACCCGCAUCCUGCCUCACCUCUACCUGGGCUCCCAGAAAGACGUCUUGAACCAGGAUCUGAUGAUCCAGAACGGGAUCAGCUACGUCCUCAAUGCCAGCAACUCUUGCCCCAAGCCGGACUUCAUCUGUGAGAGCCAUUUCAUGCGCAUCCCCGUCAACGACAACUACUGUGAGAAGCUUCUGCCUUGGUUGGACAAAUCCAUUGAGUUCAUAGACAAGGCCAAGUUGUCCAGCUGCCAAGUGAUCGUGCACUGCCUGGCCGGGAUCUCUCGCUCUGCUACCAUUGCCAUCGCUUACAUCAUGAAGACCAUGGGCAUGAACUCUGACGAUGCUUACAGGUUCGUCAAGGACCGCCGCCCCUCCAUCUCGCCCAACUUCAACUUCCUGGGGCAGCUACUGGAGUACGAGCGGAGCCUGCACGUGCCGAAGGAGUCGCGGGCGCGUGGCGGAGAGCCCCCCCCCGCCGAAGCCCCCCGCCCCCCGGCCGGCCCGCCCCCCCCCUCGUCUACCUCAGAGAGCGCCGGGGCGGGGUCCCCGGGGUCCCCGGGGUCCCCGCGGGGCGAGGCGGAGCCCCCCGGCCCGGCCCGGCUGCUGCAGCAGGGCCUCCGCGGCCUGCACCUCUCCUCGGACCGGGUGCAGGACGCCAACCGGCUGAAGCGCUCCUUCUCGCUGGACAUCAAGUCGGCCUACGCCCCCAGCCGCCGGCCCCCGGCCCCCGCCCCGGGGCCCGCCCUCUCCGCCGAGCCCCCCAAGCUGUGCAAGCUGGACGGCCCCCCGGCCCCCGGCGGGGCCGAGCCGGACGCGGCCUCCAAGGCCAGGCCCCGCCGCAAGCCCCGGGCCCGGGCCCCCUCGCCCGGCCUCGAGCGGGCCUGGCCCUUCACCCCGGACAGCCCCGGGCAGGGGAGCCCCGGGGGCCCGCCAGUCCCGGCCUUCCCGCCCUUCGCCCUGGCCGCCGGCCUGCCCUCCUCCUCCUCCUCCUCCGGCCUGCCCCCCGCCGCCGGGUGCCAACUGCGGCUCCGGGACAAGGCCCGGGCCGAGCCCCCCGACGCCAGGCGCAGCUGGCACGAGGACCCGCCCGCUGACAAACAGUUCAAGAGGCGCAGCUGCCAGAUGGAGUUUGGGGACGGGGUGGGCGCGGGCGAGGGCCGCGGCCGCGAGGAGCUGGGCAAGAUGGGCAAGCAGGCCACCUUCUCCGGCAGCAUGGAGGUCAUCGAGGUGUCCUGACCCCGCCCCCGCCUUUAGGGGGGCCGUCCCAGCCACCCUCCCCACGGUGGGGACGGGGGGCGGGCCCGCUGACCUCCGGACCCCCGAAUUCUGGGCCGCCCCCACAUCCCGGGGAGGGCAGAGGCGACCCGGGAGGUCGCCCCCCAACUCUUUUUACCCGCCCCCCGACAGCCCUUUUGGGGUCACCCCCAGCCCCGGAGGGGGUCGGGGCCCACUAUAAAUAGAUAUAUUCUGCAGACGACGGGAGGGCGAGAUGGUGUGACGGCGAUUUUGAUCGAGACGUCAACUAGGACUUGGGUUUGCGGGGCGGGUUUUUUUGGAGAUUUUUAAUUUAUUGGACGCGCGCGAGGUGUUCAUUCUGGUAAUGAUUCGAGGCCGGCCCACGUGCGGCCCGUUCUUUAAACUCUGUUUUUACUGUACGGUAUUUAAAAGUUGAAACACAGGUUCCUAAGCAAUACGAAGCCCCGCGGUUUCCUUCGGGAGCCCCCCCCGCGCCCCCUUCCUUCGGAGCACAGAGACCCCCCGGGCCCCUGACCCCAGCUGGAAGGCUGGGGGUGGGGUGGGGGUUUCAUGCACUUUUUUAGAAAGAAAAAAAGACAAAACUAGAGAGAAUCUUAGCCACAAACUGAGCCGAGGACGCAGCCCCCUCCCCGUGACCCUCGCCUUCCAUCGCCGCCCCCUCGCCAACAUCACUCUUCGCUUUUCGGGGUUCCGUCAGCGUCCCCUCCCUUCCUCCACAAAGCCGUGAGGGUCUCCCCUUUCCCCUGUUGAUUGAGGUCAGGGGAAGGGGAGGGGGUCGCCUGAAGACCUCCAACGGUUCCCCCCGGCCUACCAGUGUGACUCUCAGGGAGGCGGAGGGGCCCGGCCGGGCCGCUGUCCCUGCGGAGGCGAUUUGGGGGUGAUGGGGAGGGUCUCGGCCUGGCUC